AUGAGCUCUAAUAGUCACGACACACAUGCCAACGUAUUUAGCCCCGACGGACGAAUUUUCCAGAUAGAAUAUGCUCUGAAGUCUGUUACGCUUUCACCAACGGCGCUGGCAAUACGUACGCAUACGGGCAUAGUCUUUGCUGUUGAACGUCGUACAUCAUCUCCACUCCGCCUCCAGACGAGAUUUGAAAGAAUAAUGCACGUCGAUGAUCAUGCUAUGGCGUGUGUGGCAGGACACGCAAGCGAUUCAAAGCUUCUUCUACAGUCUGCUCGCACAGAGGCCCAGUCUCAUCGCUUUCUCUACGACGAAUUUGUGCCGCUCCAAGCACUUUCUGAGUCUCUCUCAGAGGUUUUCAUUAACUUUGGCCGUGGAAAGAAGAAGCUUGGUAGGCCUUUUGGAUGUUCUCUGCUUAUUGGGGGACUAGACGGAAGCACUCCCCGCCUAUUUUGUGCCGAACCAAGCGGAUCAGUGACCGAGGCUAUGGCACGCUCAUUAGGCGCUGGAAGCACCACGGCACAGCAAACUCUUCAAGAUAGCUACCGGGAUGACAUGACACUCGAUGAUGCCAAGCUUCUUGCUCUCGAGAUUCUCCGCGACGUAAUGGAAAGUACAGUAAGGGGUGAUAAUGUCGAAAUGGCUACUAUCAGCUAUGAUCCUGUUAACAAAGCGCCUGUCAAGUCUCUUUUGUCUGAAGAAGAAAUCAAGGGGCUCAUUGCGAGGUUGCCAGCAACUGUAUAG